GGGGCUUCCUUCAAGUUGGUUGAGUCCAUCUGGGAGGAUUCACUCAGCAAGAGGCAGAGGAACCAAGGCAGGAUGAAGACAUUGCCUGUGCUCGUGCUGUCUCUUACCUUACUGACUGUCUUCUCAGAGACCUCCCCGAUUUUGACGGAGAAGCAGGCCAAACAGCUCCUAAGAUCUCGGCGACAGGAUAGACCAAGCAAACCUGGAUUCCCCGACGAGCCAAUGCGGGAACACAUGCACCACCUGCUCGCCCUGGAGCAUCGCGCCGAGGAGCAGUUCCUGGAGCACUGGCUGAACCCUCACUGCAAACCCCAUUGUGACAGGAACAGGGUUCAUCCUGUGUAAGGGGAUCAGGACCAGCCUCG